CAGCUGUCUGUGACGCUGCAGGCAGCAGCAGGCGUGGAAGGUCCGGUGUGUUUCUUUAUUUUGGUGCGAUUGUUGGGGAUUAUAGCUUCAUGCCACUACCUCUGGUUAAAUAGAAGCAGUCUCCUGUCCGGGUCUAGGUGUGAACUCUUUUUGGUUUCUUGUUAAGAUGUCGUCGAGUGAUCAUGACAGGACCUCCAUUCACCUCAAUACGUUUGAGAAACUGUCAUGGAGGCCGUCCAUCCGCGACUCAGGCUCAAAGAAGCGGACACGAUGGCUUCAGGCUCGGCGCAUCUUCUCCCCUUCCUGCUCCAACCUGCGGAUCCCCAACAGAUUUCUGAGAGAAGGACACUGCACACCACCCGCCCGAAGUGGACACCGCUGUGUUGCAGACAGCACCAAUCUAUAUGUAUUUGGAGGCUACAACCCAGACUUUGAGGAGGCAGGUGGCGCAGACAAUGAAGACUACCCUCUUUUCAGGGAGCUUUGGAGGUUUCAUUUUGCCACAGCCACAUGGCAACAAGUCCACACAGAGGGUUACAUGCCCACAGAGCUGGCUUCUAUGUCAGUUGUUUUACACGGCAACAACCUGCUUGUUUUUGGUGGCACUGGGAUUCCAUUUGGUGAAAACAAUGGUAAUGAUGUCCAUGUGUGCAAUGUUCAGUACAAGCGAUGGAACCUGCUCAGCUGCAGAGGGAAGAAACCAAACAAGAUCUAUGGGCAGGCGAUGGUCAUCAUAAAUGGCUGUCUCUAUGUGUUUGGAGGGACAACUGGCUACCUUUACAGCACAGACCUGCACAGGCUGGACCUGACCACCAAAGAAUGGCUCCACCUUCAACCCAAAAACACACCCUUAGAUCUACCAGAGGAGAGGUACAGGCAUGAGCUAGCUCAUGACGAACAGAGAAUAUACAUUUUUGGAGGCGGAACUUCCUGGACAUCAUACCCCCUGGACAAGAUUCACGCAUAUAACUUGGAGACAAAUUAUUGGGAAGAAAUAGUCACCAAACCUUGUGAAAAAAUAGGAUAUCCUGCUGCCCGCCGUUGUCACAGCUGUGUGCAGGUCAAAGAUGAGGUGUUUAUAUGCGGGGGUUAUGAUGGGGAGCAGAUCCUGUCUGACCUGUGGAAGAUCAACCUGCAGACUUUUCAGUGGACCAAGCUGCCAGCCGUCAUGCCAGAACCAGCCUACUUUCACUGUGCUACAGUCACUCCAGCUGGCUGUAUGUAUGUCCAUGGUGGAGUUGUCAACAUUUCUGGUAACCGAAGGACUGGCUCUUUGUACAAAGUGUGGCUGGUAGUGCCCAGCCUGCUGGAACUGACCUGGGAAAAACUGCUGAAAACCUUCCCUCGCUUAGCCCGGUUGUCCACCCUUCAGCUGCUCAGCCUGGGACUGACCCACACACUAAUCCAGCGUCUCAAAUAGACCGAGCACGGACACUGAGGGGCGCGGUAUAUGAUGGAACUGAACAGACUCUAAAAUUGCUGAGAAGUCAAUGAAAAAGUUGACAAAAAGUGUUGACGUCAAAUGCUUUCAAAAAUACUUGGAAUGCAUUUUAACUGUAGGUUUUUGUUUUUUUAAAUCUGCUAAGUGCAAUGUUGUAAGUUUCUCUGUAUGUGAACGUGUCAGAUUUGAGUUUGCACGUAUCCGUGAGAGCUAUGCAACAGCGGGGACACCAGAAUCGCUGUAUACAGAUUUCUAUUUCCUUGUCCCAUAGAAGUGUUUUGCAUGUCAUUUAUACAGUGUGUGUGUGUGUGUGUGUGUGUGGUUUUUUUUAUUUUUUAUUUUUUUUAUUUAUAUCACGCAUCAAUAUCACAGAAACUUGUGGAGCAUGAGCAGGAACAGUUGUCGUAAAUGUUCCAAAGACCACUUUAUGAAAGGUAAAAUGACUGUUUGCUUCUGUCCAGAAGCUGAGGAAACAAUUAUAACUCUAUUUUCCAUGUGUUGACAUGCAAGGAAUUUAACUUGGUACACUACAGUGCUCCCAACCUGCUGCACAAGACAGUCACCAAGCAAAGUUAAAGACUAUACAAUCAGAGUAAAACGGCUUUAAAUGAGGAUAACACCCCAUAAUAAAUAAAGAAAAUGGAGCCCAUACUUCACUUAAUCAGCAUGCCCAAGAUAUAUUAUCAAGGUAUGCUUGUUUCACUGUUGCUGAAGUGACAGCAGGUUGCUGCCAUCUUUGACACGUUCACUAAGUUGCUGCUACGCCCACUGUGACAUUGUUAGGGUUUACAAACGACUAGAUUCAAACUGGCAAAGUCUGUCCAGUUUAUAUCCUGAGACACUUAAAUCUGCAGUUGGUCAGUUUGAACUGAGCUACAUCCUUUGCAGAGUGGCUUGUGCUGAUAAAGACACUUUACACCUGUGACACUUCUUAAAUAGAGCGGUUAUUUAUGGCGUCAUGUUUUAGCCUCAAAGACUGAUUGAUUGCAUGCUGAUGUGCGAUUUAUAAUUCUGUUUUUAAAAAAUGUUCCCCUCGCUGGUCACCUUAGACUUCAUGAUCACCUGAA